CACCCCCAAAACAUGCGGCGUGAAAGACUUAAAACUAGACAAACUGAAUAAUGACAAAUUAUUAGUGGUGCCUUGUUCCCUAACUUGCUUUGUGGUAAUUCGAUUUCUGAAUUCCGACGAUUUCGAUCUGAAAAUUUUACAGUAUUUAAAAUUUGAAACAAUGUUUUUCAUUUUGAAUUUCGGAAUUUUUACAAUUUUUUAUUUAUUUAUCGAAAUUGGAACAUAUAUAAAAUUUCGAACGAAAAAACGUAGGCCUCGAUUUCCGUAACUUGUAUAUUAUCAGCCCCCACUUAUUUUCUAUAUAAACAACUUUAUUUUCUUGUGAAAAAGGUGAACCAGAUAAAGGGCACUCAUCAAUCUUCUUCUUUCGAGUUCAUUACAAAGGUAACGAUGAACAAAUCUGCAACACUCUCAACAUAUGAAGUAGCUGCAGAUUACUACGGCUACGAGUUCGAUUAUCAGACUGAUUUCACAAAGUUCUUGGAAGAAGCAAGAAACAGCGAAAAACACGAGACUUCAAUUACUACUACACCACAUCUCGAAGUAUCCGGAGACGAUGAACAUUUCAAUAGAGAGAGAAAAACCAGAAAAUCAUGGAAAACUUCAUUGCUUUUCUGGUUAAAAACCGAAAAGAAAUGCAAACCGGAGAAGCUGCAGACAAAUAGCACCACCGUUUCUAAGCCAAUAAGGGGUCGACACGUGUCCGGUCCAAUCCAACGGAUGGUAGGUGGUGGCAGAGGUGUGACUGUGAGGGGGCCGAAAUCCGGCCCCCUCACCGGUCUUUUCAGUUCGACGAGAUGGGCAGACAAGUACGAGGUUCCCUAUAUGUGUCUUGGCCAGCUUAAUAAUUCUCAAAAGCUUAAUUCUUAUGGACCUCUUUACUUGGUCACAUAACAACAAAUUAGGUAAAGAUUGUCUUUAGUUAUUUCAUUGUGAUGUGGCAAUUGGCAGGAAUGCUCGAAAAAAUGGUCUUGAAAAUUUUGUAUCGAGAACCGAAAAAUACGAAUCUUAAAAUUUAAUUCGAUUUUUGUUUUCUUUU